ACAUGUCGUCUGGCGCGUAGACAUGAAUUUGAGUGCAGGGAACAAAUGUUUACAUAUUGGAGUAUUGUAUAAUUCAACAAGUGGCUAGAAUUGCAUCAUGAAACGACGAAUUUCACAUAAAGAGAAACGCACUUCACUUGAGGCGAAUAUUGCCACACUGUGCAGAAGAUUUAGGUUUCAUGAAGUGGAAGAACAUGUGCUGCCUAUUUUUCGCAAAGCCACUUGGAGACAAGUUUUGUAUUCGCUAAAGAGACAUAAGAAAACUCUUAGUUUAGUGAAUAUUGCACAAGCACUGAUUGCAUCAGCAAAGGAUGAGCCUUUUGCAUUCCUGGAGGACAUGUAUUUCGAACUGUACCUCACACAUAAAAUUGUACACAGUAAAAGUUACACUUGGAAUGCAUUUAAAAUGAUCGGAGGUCAAGGAAAAGCUGGUCUAGUGACAGAAAUGCAGAUUUCUGAAGCACUGAAGAACUCAUUCAGAUCAUUAGCUCAUGCACCAAGAAUUAAAGUAAAGUUAUUUGGUUCUCUCUCUUGGAUCAUGAUUAUACAGAAGAAACAAAAGCAUUCUGGCACAGAGUUUGAGCAGCAGCCAUUCAUUUGUGCAUAUAUCCCUGGUGAACCAUAUUUCUUUGCUUCGCAAAAAAAUGUAAAAACAAACAUUUCAGAUGGGCUGUUGUCUACAUUUGGGUACAGGAGAUUAAAUGACUGCAAACUGUCAGCUCCUGAUAUUGCGUCAAUGGUAACACUGCUAAGAAAUAAAGCUGCUAAAGCGUUUGAUGCUCAUUCAGCUCAACAUUCUAUUGCUCCAUACUCUCCAGGGCCAAGUGUGGCAACAGAAGAUGGCAUGGAUUUUACUGAUGAACAGUGGAAGAUAAAUUAUGCCAACAUUGUUUUUGGAAAAGAUUGUCCUGUGAUGAAAAAGUUCACUGUUAAGGAGGUGGGGCCCAUUGUGAAGAACAGGCAAAUGUAUCGAACUACGUUUACCAUUCGGUCAAAUGACGUAUUUCAGUUUCUAAAAGUAUUACUUGUGAAAGGUAUUCUUACAAUGCCGUUAUCACCAUAUAUUGAAAGAAUAAUAACCCUUGGGAAAAAUACAAUAAUAAUAAUGCCUCAAAAUAUUAUUACAUCACAAGUGGAAGAUCAACGCUGAAUUGAUACACAAAGUACUAGUGUACACUUCCUUGAAAGAUGUGCUGCCCAUUUAAUUAAUGUUUUGUCUGAAGACAGUAACAGUCUUCCAUGCCAUACUUCUGAAAAUGUUAUUCACUAGUAGUUAGCAAAUACUAAUGUACUCUUUUUUUUUUUUUUUUAUUGAAGUCCGUAGAUUUUAGUUGAAAAUUCUGGAUUAUUGUAUGAUCAGCUAAUAAUGUGAAGCACACUUAAGUAAUAAUUAGGGUAUGUAUGACUGCCUUCUUAAUAAAAGACAAAGCGUUCCAAAGAAUGGAGUGAGGCGUUGGUGUGUAGUGAUGCCAGUAUGUUUUAAAAAUUAUGGCAAUGAAAUUUCAUUGGAUGUGUAUAAAUUAAGGCAUAAAGAAUAAUAGAGGUGUUGAGUUUUGAAACACACAGACAAGACCAAGAACUUAGAGAAAUCGUGCACAAACGACUAAGUAGUGUCAGCGGACUACAUGAGGCCAUGACACCAGCUCGACUGGAGUGAGGGGUUGUAUGGUGUGAUGUGGGUGAUGGGAGAAAGGAGACAGGGAGUGGGAGGGAGGGUUGAGGAAGGUUGGCAAAUGGCUGCAAAGGAGAGGCAGCAGGUGCAUAGGAAAGGAAUGCAGAACAAGCACAGGCAUCAACAUUGGUGAGCACAGGCAAUGCGAGAUGACGUUAAGGAGUUGACUGGGAGGGGGAGCUGAACAGAGGAAGACUGGGGUAGAGCUUGUGGCUACAGGAUGAACGAAGUUAAGAUCCUGGGGUAUACGUGGAUGUGGAGGUGCUUGUAGAGCAGGGGGCUAGCAGAGAUCUUGGCUGGGAGGAUUGCAAGAUUGAAAGGUGUACUGCAAGUCAACUCCCACUACAUAAGUGAGAGAAGCUGGUGUUACGGAGAAGAAUCCACAUAGUGUGUGUUGUGCUCAGCAUCCUGUUCCUCCUGUAGGAGAUAAACACUGUCCUUGGCCACUUUUGUGACAGUGUCCAGUCAUUCGGAUGGACAGUUAAUUGGGUGUCAUGAUGUCAUCAAAUGCUUUUUGAUGACUCAGCAUGUUUAAGUCUUCUCAGAGUUGUCAGCUCUCCUCCUCAAAUUAUUGUUUCACAAAUCAAAGGCUGAUGCACUUGAACAAGGUGUGAAGUGUCUUAAGUACCUUUAAAAAUGUAAAAUGAACUUUCCUACAAUCUCAUCAUCUCACACUUCAUACAUGAUGCAUGGUGGUACUUAAAGUGCUGCAAAGUGUGUUUAAGGUGUGAUGUACAAACAGUGUUAAUGAUGGCAAUGGAUACGGGGUUCCAUUCUCUUGACUGUCACUGUAGUGAGCCAAUCGACCAAUAGAUCUUCAGUGCACUGUGACAUCUUAGUUGCUGGUGAGCACCAUGCGAGCAAUAUUAGGUUUCGAUAUUGGUGUGCUCCUCAUCCCUCAGCCCUACAUACUGGUGAAAAAAUUUACCAAGUUCCUUAUACUUUGAGCUCCUUCCAUGAGUUUGUGCAAUGACUAGCUCACGAAUAUUAAAUUUGGGUUCCUAUCUAUCUAUUAUUGGCAUUAAUCUGCAGUCUGCUUCCAACAAUUUCCUAUUUAGUCUUGCUUCAGGUACUCCAACAGCCAAAAAGUUUAUAUCUUAACUUCAAAAUCAACCAAUCUUCUAAUGAAAUCAGAACAGUAUGGGACAUAAUUAGGAGUGAAACAGGUGCCCACUGUGCCAACAAAACUGAAGACAUCAUCUUAUAUAUUGAUGAUAAUUGUAUAAGCAACCAAGAGAUAAAUGCAAAACUCUUCACUGACAAUUUCUUAAUUAUUGCUGAGCAAAUAAGCUACAAUGGCUCCUUAGAAAGUGCCAUUCAGAUACUGAAACACCAUUUUCCUAAUCCUAUAAGGGAUAUAAGUGUAUCCUCCCAGAACUAGAAAUGAAAUGACUAAAAUCAUUGCCUCUUUAGAAAGCAAAGGAUCAUCAGAUGUAGAAAAUAUUUACAACAAACUUCUACAAGUAUGCUCAGAUUAAUUAUGUAAAGCUUUGGCACACAUAUUUAAUGGUUUUGUAUAUCAGGUGUGACAUUACCUAAUAGUUUUCAGCUGAGUUACAGCUCUCAAACUGGCAGUCCACACGAGUAAACCAUCUGCUAAUUUAUCCUCAGAUGCAGAGACUGCCUUUGUUUUAUGGGCUACCAAAGAUCCAGAAAACAGGUUGUAUUUGUUUCGUUUUGAACACUAUUGGGUCACCAACUUACAGACUGGCAAAGCAUGAUGUGUGCUUCACAUCAAGAACAUUGGUGAUUUUAUCAACCAAAUUAAACAUCUGCAUCUUGGUCAAGAUGAUAUAUUGGUCAGCUUUGAAGUUGUCUCCUUAUUUACACUCCCUGUCAAAGAUUGCAUAGGUCUCCUCUCCCAGUUACUCAAUUGCACAAUUGUGGGAUUGUUUAAGCACAUGUUGAAAUCAUCAUAUUUCAUAUAUGACAGCCAGUAUUUCCAUCAGUUUAAUGGUGUCCGAUGGAAAGUCUGUUAGCUCCAUCUAUAGUCAACCAUUUUAUGGAGAAAUCCAAAGACGUCACUUGGGAUACAGCUCCAGAUAAGCCAAGUUGCUUUUAUCGUUACGUCAAUGACACUUUUAAUAUCUGGUCCCACAGAUGUGAAAAAUGGGAAGACCUAUUAGAACACCUGAAAGGCAUUCACAGCCACAUUAGGUUUAUGAUGGAAGUAGAGAUAGAUGAUGAAUUGACCUUCCUUGAUAUCCUUGUUCACCACACAAUGUGCACAGGAAACCUGCACUCACGGAUCGGUACCUGCAGGCUCUUAGCCACCACCAUCCAGCACAAAAAGUGGCAUUCCGAACACCUUUGUCCACCAUGCUAAAUUCGUCUGUCACUGAAAAUCUGCCACUAGAACUAAGCCACCUCCUAAGUUUUCUGGGAAAAUGGCUGCAAUCACCUCCCGGUAUCACAGAGAUACCUGCCUUUCUGUAGCACAGUGUCGGGAAGGACUAGCUGGCUCCUAAAGAUACAAAACAUCCCAUCAGUGUUCAGACCCCAGCAAAAAUACAACAGAUUAUGAGAUCUGUGAAGGACGAACUAGAUCUUAGAACACCUGGUGUGUACAAAAUUCAGUGUCAAUGUGGUUGCUAAUAUGUUGACCAAACAGUAUGCACUUGGAGCAACACCAGAUGGAACACGAGAGGUGCUUAUGGCCUACGCUGUCUGGAAAAAAUCAACUGUGGCAGAACACAGUUUAGAAAAUCAACACCAAAUUCUAUUGGAUAAAACUUCUGUCAUUAUGAGAAUGGAGGGAUUUUGGGAUAGUGUCAUAAAAGAAGCGGUAGAAAUAAAAAUAUCUGAAAACACCAUCAACAAGAACGGUGGUUUGCAGCUCAAUACAGCCUGGAAUCCAGCCAUUGUGAGGUUGAAGUGGACACAACAGAGCAGGAUGAAAAUAGUACCAGAUUUCUCAAGGAAGAGAGCACUAAAUCACAUCACAGCUAGCAGCACGGCUAUGUAAUAGUGAGGCCACAGUUACAUUCCAGUCAUUUACAUCUUGACAAUAGCUGAGGAGAGCUCAGUCAAGAGCUCAUGAGAUUUUAACCCUUUGACACAGCUGGAAGCCUGAGAAGACUCCUAUUAAUUUCCUGAUCUACAUUUAUACUCCGCAAGCCACCCAACGGUGUGUGGUGGAGGGCACUUUACGUGCCACGGUCAUUACCUCCCUUUUCUGUUCCAGUCGCGUAUGGUUCGCGGGAAG